CUGGCGCUAAAAGUUUUGAGCUCCUCAAAAGUCCAGAGCCACCAUCGUGUUCGCAGGUAGCCUCUGGGCUCCGGGGUCACCUGGCGUCCGGUCUCGGAGCGUGCAUCCCAGGACGGUGACACGCUCCCCUGAGCUUCGGCGGCCCCACUGCCUUCUGAGGAGCUGACAUGGAGGAGUCGCAAUCAGAACUCGGCGUGGAGCCCCCUCUGAGUCAGGAGACGUUUUCAGACUUGUGGAAACUACUACCUGAAAACAACCUUCUGUCCUCCGAGUUCUCCCCGGCAGUGGAUGAACUACUCCUGUCCCCAGAAGUUACCAACUGGUUGGAUGAGAAUCCAGAUGAAGCCCCAAGAAUGCAAGAGCCUCCUGUCCCCACUGCCUCCGCACCAGCCACCUCCUGGCCCCUGUCAUCCUUUGUCCCUUCCCAGAAGACCUACCCUGGCAGCUACGGUUUCCGUCUUGGGUUCCUGCAUUCUGGGACAGCCAAGUCUGUAACCUGCACGUACUCCCCUCCCCUCAACAAGCUGUUUUGCCAGCUGGCCAAGACCUGCCCGGUGCAGCUGUGGGUCAGCUCCCUGCCCCCACCCGGCACCCGGGUCCGCGCCAUGGCCAUCUACAAGAAGUCAGAGUACAUGACGGAGGUUGUGAGACGCUGCCCCCACCACGAGCGCAGUUCUGACUACAGCGAUGGUCUCGCCCCUCCUCAGCAUCUUAUCCGGGUGGAAGGGAAUUUACGUGCCAAGUAUUUGGAUGACAGAAACACUUUUCGACACAGUGUGGUGGUGCCCUACGAACCGCCGGAGGUCGGCUCUGACUGUACCACUAUCCACUACAACUUCAUGUGUAACAGCUCCUGCAUGGGGGGCAUGAACCGGCGACCCAUCCUCACCAUCAUCACACUGGAGGACGCCAGUGGUAAUCUGCUGGGACGCAACAGCUUUGAGGUGCGUGUUUGUGCCUGUCCUGGGAGAGACCGCCGCACAGAAGAAGAAAAUUUCCGCAAGAAGGGGCAGCCUUGCCCUGAGCUGCCCCCUGGGAGCACUAAGCGAGCACUGCCUACCAGCAGCAGCUCCUCUCCACCACAAAAGAAGAAGCCGCUGGAUGGAGAAUAUUUCACUCUUCAGAUCCGCGGGCGUGAACGUUUUGAGAUGUUCCGGGAGCUGAAUGAGGCCUUGGAGCUGAAGGAUGCUCAGGCUGGAAAGGAGCCAGGGGAAAACAAGGCUCACUCUAGCCACCUGAAGUCUAAGAAGGGGCAGUCUCCCUCCCGCCAUAAAAAACUGAUGUUCAAGAGAGAAGGGCCUGACUCAGACUGACGUCUUCUGCUUCCUUUCUCCUGUUGACACCCCUGCCCUCAUCCCCCUCCCCUGGCAUUUUUUGGGACUCAGGUGCUAAGACCUCUGCUUGAUGCAGAUGUGCCUCAGACAUUCUGCAAUUCUUCCAUUUGCUUGGCCCGGGCUCUGCUAAAGAAGUUGACCUGCACUGGUGGUUUUGGGGGUGGGAUGUAGCGGGUGCUGAGGCUUUACAGCUUAGCUUAUAAGGUUUUUACUGUGCGGAACUUUGUGAGAGGUAGGAAGGUGUUCCUGCAUGGAAGGAACGUUUUCCAAGCGGCCGUACACGGGCGUAGGAAGCCCCGUUCUCCACCAUACUAGCUAAGGAAACUAUAUUAAGUUGUUGAGUUUCUCCAACUUCAUUGUCGACACUUAUAAAAUGCUGGUAAUCAUACCUACCUCACGGGGUUUGUUGUGAGGGUUAAUGAAAUAAUGUGUGUCUGGCCCCAGAGCCACCUUCUAUUGCAUGAUGUCUAGAACUUAGUGCCCUCGUGGGCACUGGUUGUGUGUCCCCUUUAGUGGAUGGGUUGAGAGUUUCUGUGACUUGACUGAGCAGCUGGUUAAGGGGAGGGGAUGUCUAAGGUCCUUCUCUGCUGGCCCUGCCAAAUCCUGUGUAACCUCUUGGUGAACCUCAGCACUUAAGAGGAGGUCUCACCCCCAUCCCACACCCUGGAGGAUUCCAUCCGUGGUGUAUCUAUCAAGAUCUGUUUUACUUCCCCCAAAUUCUGAGGCAGAUUUCUUUUGUACUCUGCAGGGCACAUCUGCAUUUAUCACCCGCACCCCUUCCUUUCCCUUUUUAUAUCCCAUUUUUAUAUCAGUUUAUUUUACAAUAAAACUUUGCUACCAUCA